UUGUAAGAAGAGGAGAGAGAGCUUGUUAGAGUGGUAAGAGGAGGAGAAACAAUGGCGAAGAGGAGCGUGGGAGAUCUGACCGAGGCCGACCUGAGGGGGAAGAGGGUGUUCGUGAGGGUGGACCUGAACGUGCCGCUUGACGACCACCAGAGGAUUACAGAUGACACCAGGAUCAGGGCCUCCAUCCCCACCAUCAAGUACCUUGUCGAUCGUGGCGCCAAGGUCAUCCUUGCCAGCCAUCUGGGACGUCCAAAGGGUGUUACGCCAAAGUACAGCUUGCUCCCCCUUGUUCCGAGAUUGUCUGAACUUCUUGGCUUCCGAGUUGAAAGAGCUGAGGACUGCAUUGGUGCAGAGGUGGAGAAGCAGGUGGCUUCUCUUCCGGAGGGACGUGUUUUGCUUCUUGAGAAUGUCAGGUUCUACAAGGAGGAAGAAAAGAACGACCCUGAGUUUGCUAAGAAAUUAGCUUCACUUGCAGACCUUUAUGUAAAUGACGCCUUCGGUACAGCACACAGAGCACAUGCUUCAACAGAGGGUGUUGCAAAAUUUUUGAAGCCUUCUGUUGCUGGGUUUCUUAUGCAGAAGGAAUUGGAUUAUCUGGUUGGUGCUGUUUCCAAUCCGAAGAGACCAUUUGCCGCUAUAGUCGGUGGCUCAAAAGUGUCGACUAAGAUCGGUGUCAUCGAGUCUUUGCUCGGGAAGGUCGAAGUUCUCAUUCUCGGGGGAGGAAUGAUCUUCACUUUCUACAAGGCACAAGGUCUAUCUGUGGGAUCAUCACUUGUGGAGGAAGACAAGCUGGAUCUUGCAACCUCACUUCUUGAGAAAGCCAAGGCCAAAGGUGUAUCUCUUCUAUUGCCUGCCGAUGUUGUGAUUGCCAACAAAUUUGCUGCCGACGCAGAGAGCAAGAUUGUUCCAGCUUCUGAAAUACCCGAUGGUUGGAUGGGGCUUGAUGUUGGUCCUGAUUCAAUCAAAUCAUUCAGUGAAGUCCUGGAGACUACCCAGACUGUGAUCUGGAACGGCCCCAUGGGAGUUUUUGAGUUUGAGAAAUUUGCAGUUGGUACAGAGGCUAUUGCUAAGAAGCUCGCAGAGAUCACUGGGAAGGGAGUAACCACAAUCAUCGGCGGUGGUGACUCGGUUGCAGCUGUCGAGAAAGCAGGCCUUGCCGAUAAAAUGAGCCACAUCUCCACUGGAGGCGGUGCUAGCCUCGAGCUGUUGGAGGGUAAAAUGCUUCCAGGAGUCCUUGCCCUUGACGAUGCUUGAGCUAAGAAACUGAAAUGAGUAAGAGCGAUGUGAGUACGGGUAGCACAAGCAAAUAUCAGAGAGACAUUUUUGUAUGUUUUUUCGCAUGCAUGGAACCGGAUACGCUUCAGCUAGUUGGGAAUUUUGCUGUUGUUGAGUGUUAUCCUAUGCUUUAGUUACUAUAAUAAAGAGCAUAAUAGACAA